ACUGUCUGUCUGUCACUCUGCGCGGUGACAAACUGCGGGAAGGAUAUCUAGCCUCUUGCCUCUGCCGUUUUUUCGCUCGCUUUCCAAUCAAACGCCUUUGAAUGAAACGAAUUGGGACUUUUAGUUUUUGCGUAACGAGAGAAACAUCGUGAAAUGAUGCAGCAGCAGCGGAUGCAAGUCUCUUUGGUCUCCCCCUCGGAAUAACGCCAAAUGGAUGCUGCGCAGAGCUCCUCACCCCCUCACCAACUGCUAUGGAGGCAUGCCAAGCCAUGCAAGUGACCUUUAUCGCACCAUGAAUGUAGGCUCUGCAGUUCAAAGAGGACACAAGUAACCUUUUCUCAUUAUCUAAGAAGGAGCUGUUGAUCUGACGACAGGAGCCAAAGAGAGACUUUGGAAGACAAAUAGACAAACAAACGAAAACACACGGGAGACAGGAUGCCAAGGCGGUCAGAGGAGAUGCUGGUGGAUCUGUGGAUGUCCUUGCUGCUAGUGUGGAUUACUUGCGUUCCCUGCGUGUCUAUGACUCCGAUCAUAGGCCCGUCGAAAAGUACACAAACUGGUGGGUCCGCAGCGGUGGCGAGCGGCCCUGGCGAAGGACAAAGAUUACUGAGCCGCGCCAAGAGAGGAUGGGUUUGGAAUCAAAUGUUUGUGCUGGAGGAAUUUUCUGGACCCGAUCCAAUUCUGGUUGGCAGGCUACACACAGAUUUGGAUGUGGGUGGCAAGAACAUCAAGUACGUCCUGGCGGGCGAGGGUGCUGGCACCAUCUUCGCCAUCAACGAAUUAACGGGCGACAUCCACGCCAUGAAGAGGCUGGACCGCGAGGAGAAGGCCGAGUACACGCUAACAGCCCAGGUCGUCAACGCGGACAACGACCAGCCCCUGGAACCACCGUCAGAGUUCAUCAUCAAAGUCCAGGACAUUAACGACAAUCCGCCGCAGUUCAACGAAGGCCCGUACCGAGCGUCGGUUCCAGAGAUGUCCGGUGUCGGUACCCCAGUUACCCGGGUAACAGCUACAGAUGCCGACGAUCCAGUGUACGGGAACAGCGCUAAACUGGUGUACAGCAUACUGGAGGGACAACCAUAUUUCUCUGUGGACCCCAACUCGGCGACCAUAAAAAUUGCUCUCCAUGCGAUGGAUCGGGAGAUGAGAGAGGAGUACCUUGUGGUCAUACAGGCUAAGGACAUGGAGGGUCACAUGGGGGGCUUGUCGGGAACCACGACAGUCACCGUCACGCUAACAGACGUCAACGACAAUCCGCCAAAGUUCUCUAAAAGUUUGUACGAGUUUGUGAUCCCUGAAGACCUACCGAUAGGCAAGAUGGGCGGCAAGGUGAAAGCAAAUGAUAGAGACAUCGGUGAUAAUGCCAAGUCAACGUAUAACAUUAUCGAGGGAGAUGAACAAGGCAUGUUCGAGAUAGUCACCGACGGGCAGACACAAGAAGGGAUUCUUCGGCUGAAAAAGGUGAUAGAUUUCGAGAGCAAGAGAGCCUACACCCUUAAAGUUGAGGCCACCAACAUCCGCUCGGAGCCCAGCAACGGUGUGCCCUUCAAGGACACAGCUACUGUUAAGAUUGUGGUGGAGGAUUCCGAUGAACCUCCCGUUUUCCUGAAAGCAGUCUACUUGCUAGAAGUGAAUGAGAAUGCCCCCAUCAACACAGUCAUAGGCAGCGUCACCGCCAGGGAUCCGGACUCUUCUGCCAGCACUGUCAGGUACUUCAUCGAUCGGCACACAGACCUGGAGAGGCAGUUCAACAUCAACGUGGACGACGGGAAGAUCACACUGGCCAAACCGCUGGACCGGGAGACGGACAUGUGGCACAACAUCACAGUGACCGCCACAGAAGUCCGAAAUCACAGUCAGAUAUCGAGGGCAAUCGUUGCCAUCCGAGUAAUGGACAUUAAUGACAAUGCGCCUGAAUUUGCCACCGAAUACGAGGCCUUCCUUUGUGAAAAUGGGAAACCUGGACAGGUGAUCCAGACUGUCAGCGCGGUGGACAAAGACGACCCAAUCCAGGGCCACUACUUCGACUAUCGUCUAGUUCCUGAGAUGCUCAACAACCCCAAUUUUACUAUAAAAAACAACCAAGACAAUUCAAUCAGCGUCCUGGCCAAGCAUGAUACCUUCCGGCGACAGAAACAGGAAAUGUACUUCCUGCCAAUCAUUGUGACGGACAACGGGAAUCCACCAAUGAGCAGCACCAACACCCUGACCAUCCGAGUCUGUGGAUGCAGUAAGGAUGGCAUCGUCCAGUCCUGCAACGUGGAGGCCUACGUCUUACCUAUCGGCCUGAGUAUGGGAGCUCUCAUCGCCAUCCUGGCCUGCAUUAUACUGCUGUUGGUAAUAGUAGUACUAUUUGUGACCUUGAGGAGACACAAGAAUGAGCCUCUGAUUAUAAAGGACGACGAAGAUGUGAGGGAGAAUAUCAUCCGUUACGACGACGAAGGAGGCGGCGAGGAAGACACGGAGGCCUUCGACAUCGCCACGCUGCAGAAUCCGGAUGGCGUCAACGGCUACCUACCGCGCAAGGACAUCAAGCCCGACCUGCAGUUCAUGCCCAGGGCGGGACAGCAUUCUGGUCCAAAUGGCGUGGAUGUGGACGAAUUCAUCAAUGUACGGCUCCAUGAGGCAGACAAUGAUGCCACAGCGCCGCCUUACGACUCCAUCCAGAUCUAUGGAUACGAAGGUCGGGGAUCCAUGGCCGGUUCACUUAGCUCACUGGAAACGGCAUCAUCAGACUCGGAUCAGAACUAUGACUAUCUCAGAGAGUGGGGCCCACGCUUCAGAAGACUUGGGGAGCUCUACUCAGUGGGCGAGAGUGACCGCGAAACCUGACCUUUGGUUGGUUAGAAAAAAAGACCUUUCCAAUUUCUUUUCUGUCCACAUACUUGUGUAUUAAACGCUAGGGAGUUUGCUGGCUUUUAGAAACUGGUGUUUUAAAAAAAAACUGUUAAUAACAAGGCAGGCCAACUUUUUGUAUUCUUCUUAGAGUGAGGUAUAGCAGUCGUCAUCCACUACGUCAAGCGCAUUGUAAUUGUUGAGCCAAACAAUGUCUUUAUUAGGAGAUCUAUGAUUCUUGUGGAGUGUAACUUAGAUUCCGUUGUGGAGUGUCUAGCAGUAUUAUGGGUGUUAGUCAAUUGCUGAGACUGCCAGUAGCAGAACAGCCCUGGGAUUGCUGGUAGUUGCCUGAUGAAAGGGAAUAACGAAUAUUGUUGGGUUCUCUGAAGCGGACAUUUCAUGGACAGAAAGUUGGACCUCAGAAAGUGCAGAGUGACUCUUGUCCGAUGUCACCCUAGGCCACCCAACUGAUCGGCGAUAUGAAGAAAGUGACAAUGAAAAAGCAAUAUAUGGUCUACAUUACAAUGAUGAAUGUAUGUAUGAUUUGAAAAAGGCAAAAAGACAAACCAGUAUUGGCUUUAAGGUGAAUUUGUUAUAAUUUGAUAUGUUCUACGGUGGCCACAUUUAUAUACUAUCUAAAGCCCAGAGAGGUUUGCUUUAUACAACUCUUUGUAUUUACACGCUACAGGUGUGGAUCGCAAGUGUUACUAGCCUAUAAAAGACUGACGCGAAGACAAAAAAGAGAAAUGUAGAAACUCUGAGGCCUUCUUUUUACAGAAGCAACAUUAAAUACAAUUGUAAUCUACUGUUUUUUGACAAGAGAUGUGUUGAUUCUUCAUUAUUGUUCUCAGUUUUUGAAUUUCUGUUAUUAGAAUCAUCUUUUAUUCUGUGCUGACAAUUUGAAGUGAGUGUGUUUUAGAUUCUUUCACAUUCAGCUGUUUUUUCACUUGAACACUAUUUCAUAACAGCCAAACCAUAUCAUGAAUUUAUUGCAGUUGAUAAUGUAGACUAGAUGUAAGCAAAGCAAACAAGAGCUCUAAGUAACAAUACAGACGAUCGAAUUAAUUGGGACUGCAGGAAUGGGACCUUUCUGACACAUGCUAAUUCUGUGUAAAAUAUAUCUCAUAUAUUCUGAGGUACAGCCAGUGAGCGUCUGAGCACAAUAGUCCAAUUGAUACCAGAGUAUAUGUGACUCUCCCUAAACAUCAAAUCUCAUUUAGGGAACACAGAUUGCAUUAGCCCAAGAAAAAGGAAAACACAAAUCCAGACUAUGUGCAUAUUGUGCUUACACUGUAUGAUAUCAAUAUAAAAGACUUGUAAUGUACAUAGAGUUACCGCUAAUGUCAUUAGCUUUCAAUGAGGUGGUAGGUUUGUCUCUGCACGUUAGCUCUUGCACAUAAUGAGAAUUUCAAUGGCACUACAGCUGCGUGCAUACUCAGUUUGUACUGAUACAGUAUUAUGGCAGUUCUCGGUAGACUUAACAAUAUAUAUGGAAUAGUCCUACAUGCAGAUCAUAUUUUGUACUGUGCUUUACUGCUUAUAAAUGUGUAUGUUCAAUUAUUUACUCCCUGUACUGUAAUCUAAGAUACCCUGUAUUGUUUCCUACUUUGUGAAAUAUAUUUUUAUAAAUAUCACUGAUUGG